UUGGGUACUGUUGGAGGCAGGACAGUACUCUGGACGGUGAGAGUCUCGGCGUCUAUAGCCUUAGUCAGCUAGGCUACUGCCAAUCCCUGCUAAGCCCGGUACCUAAGCCCGGGUUAGAAAAACGGGAAGGUUGGCGUCUGGUCGGCGGCCGGCUGUAAAAACCCCUGCCAAAUCUGUAUGCAUGUCACGUCAAAUAAAUAAUGUAAAUGUUAGGGCGUCCCCUGCAGGCGACGCGCAGGUGCAGCACCCGGCGCCUGUGAGAAGUGGACUAGGGUUGUCGCACCACCCUGGGCGGGGGCGACGUAAGAAGCGAGUCCAGGUCAGGAGGCUACGAAUAGGGAGCUGGAAUGUAGGCACGAUGACAGGAAGAGGAGCAGAGCUUGCAAACAUACUACAGAAGAGGAGAAUUAACAUCGCGUGCCUACAGGAGACGAAAUGGAAAGGAACGAAGGCGAGAGAGUUGUCGGAUGGAUACAAGUUCUUCUACUGCGGGAAAGACGGGAAGAGAAACGGGGUGGGGAUUGUGUUGGAUAAGGAUUUAAAGAAUAAUAUAAUAGAAAUUAAUAGAGUCAGUGAUAGAAUAAUUUACAUAAGGAUUUUACUGGGCGACCUGGCGUUGACUAUUAUGAGCGUAUAUGCACCCCAAGCUGGAUGUGAUGAAAGGAUAAAGGAAAAGUUCUGGGAAGAAUUUGAUACCACCUUAAUGAAUGUACCCUCUGAUGAUCAGCUGGUUAUAGGAGGCGACUUCAAUGGGCAUGUUGGCAAGAAUAACCAUGACUACGAACGCGUACAUGGAGGUAAAGGAUUUGGCAGUAGAAAUUUUGAAGGGGAGUGCAUAUUAGAAAUGGCUACAGCAUUUGACUUGGCUCUGGUUAACACAUACUUUCAAAAGAAAUAUGAACACCUUAUAACUUAUAAAAGUGGUCAACAUGCAACACAGAUAGACUAA